GAGGCGUGCGCGUGCUUGCCGGAAAAAGACUUGGGGGUACGUGCUCGUGAACGGCCUCCGCGCUGAGCUACCAAGCCGCUGAAAGGACAGAGAGAGGGAGGGGCUGGAGCUAGGACUCCGCUCGCACCGACCGCAGGAGAAAGGGUUGUGCUCCUAGCCGAGGAAGGAGAAAGGGGCGGGGCCGGCGGCCGGCGAGUGGAGGUGCUGAGGCCCUAGGGCCAGCGGGCGCGCGAGGGUCGGUGGCCUUCGCUGUCGCAGUGGCCGCCGCCGUCGCUUGGUCGCCGUCGGUCUGCGGGAGGCGGGUUAUGGCGACGGCGGCAGUGGGAGCUGUGAAUGAAUUCUCCGGGUGGACGAGGGAAGAAGAAAGGCUCCGGCGGCCCCAGCAGCCCGGUGCCUCCCAGGCAUCCGCCCUCCUGCCUGGUCCCCGCCCCUCCCGUCGCCGGGCCGGCCCCUCGGCAGGAGUCGCCUCAUAAGCGGAACCUGUACUACUUCUCCUACCCGCUGUUCGUAGGCUUCGCGCUGCUGCGCUUGGUGGCCUUCCACCUGGGGCUCCUCUUCGUGUGGCUCUGCCAGCGCUUCUCCCGCGCCCUCAUGGCCGCCAAGAGGAGCUCCCCGGCCGCGCCGGCCUCCGCGUCGCCCGCGGCGCCUGUGCCGGGCGGGGAGGCCGAGCGCGUCCGAGCCUUCCACAAGCAGGCCUUCGAGUACAUCUCCAUUGCCCUGCGCAUCGAUGAAGACGAGAAAGCAGGACAGAAGAAGCAAGCUGUGGAAUGGUACAAAAAAGGUAUUGAAGAACUAGAAAAAGGAAUAGCAGUCAUAGUAACAGGACAAGGUGAACAGUGUGAAAGGGCUAGGCGUCUUCAAGCUAAAAUGAUGACUAAUUUGGUUAUGGCCAAGGACCGUUUACAACUUCUAGAGAAGCUGCAACCAGUUUUGCAAUUUUCCAAGUCACAAACGGACGUCUAUAAUGACAGUACUAACUUAACAUGCCGCAACGGACAUCUCCAGUCAGAAAGUGGAGCUGUUCCAAAAAGAAAGGAUCCCUUAACACACACUAGUAAUUCACUGCCUCGUUCAAAAACAGUUAUGAAAUCUGGAUCCACAGGUCUCUCAGGCCACCACAGAGCACCAAGUUGCAGUGGAUUAUCCAUGGUUUCUGGAGUGAGACAGGGGCCUGGUCCUUUAACUGCAACUCAUAAGGGAACUCCAAAAACAAAUAGAUCAAAUAAACCUUCUACCCCUACAACUGCCACUCGCAAAAAGAAAGACAUGAAGAAUUUUAGGAAUGUGGACAGCAACCUUGCCAACCUUAUAAUGAAUGAAAUUGUGGACAAUGGAACAGCUGUUAAAUUUGAUGAUAUAGCUGGGCAAGAGUUGGCAAAACAAGCAUUGCAAGAAAUUGUUAUUCUUCCUUCUCUGAGACCUGAGUUAUUCACAGGGCUUAGAGCUCCUGCCAGAGGAUUGUUACUCUUUGGUCCACCUGGAAAUGGAAAAACAAUGUUGGCUAAAGCAGUAGCUGCAGAAUCUAAUGCAACUUUCUUUAAUAUAAGUGCUGCAAGUUUAACUUCAAAAUAUGUGGGAGAAGGAGAGAAAUUGGUGAGAGCUCUCUUUGCUGUGGCUCGAGAACUUCAGCCUUCUAUAAUUUUUAUAGAUGAAGUUGAUAGCCUUUUAUGUGAAAGAAGAGAAGGAGAACAUGAUGCUAGCAGACGUCUAAAAACUGAAUUUCUAAUAGAAUUUGAUGGUGUACAGUCUGCUGGAGAUGACAGAGUACUUGUAAUGGGUGCAACUAACAGACCACAGGAACUUGAUGAGGCUGUUCUCAGGCGUUUCAUCAAACGGGUAUAUGUAUCUUUACCAAAUGAGGAGACAAGACUACUUUUACUUAAAAAUCUGCUAUGUAAACAAGGAAGCCCAUUGACCCAGAAAGAGCUAGCACAACUUGCUAGAAUGACUGAUGGAUACUCAGGAAGUGAUCUAACAGCUUUGGCAAAAGAUGCAGCUCUGGGUCCUAUCCGAGAACUGAAACCAGAGCAGGUGAAGAAUAUGUCUGCUAGUGAGAUGAGAAAUAUUCAGUUAUCUGACUUCACUGAAUCUUUGAAAAAGAUAAAACGCAGUGUGAGCCCUCAAACCUUAGAAGCAUACAUACGUUGGAACAAGGAUUUUGGAGAUACCACUGUUUAAGGAAAUAUCUAUGUAAAACUGCAGAAUAUUUUACUUAGCAAGAAAGAAACACUCGAUCUUCAGUGAACAGUUAUUAUCUCAGCCUAUGUUUACAGGACUUUUCAGAGUCUUACAGUUGUUUGUGACUAAACUUGAAGGUGAACCAGAAAACAAAUUAAAAUAAAGUAUACAAUGCAAAUGGAAUAUUUUGUUGUUUAAGGCCUGCUUCUCUUGAUGGUUAUCCCAAUGGGCACUAUAAGUUAGAGCACAACAAAAACUGAUAUGGUCUUCUUUACCAGUAUAAUCAUAAUGUAAAUAAUAAUUUAUAUGUUGUGUCAGAGAUGAAAGUAUUCCAGGGGACAGUGAAUGGUAGAAGAUACAAGAGCCUUUGGUCGUUUGUCUUCUUAAAUAGUCCUUUAUCCUGUUUUGUUUUCAUACUGUUGUCUUCAUUAUGGUUGAUUAGAAUGCCAAACACUGUAUCAUUUCCAGAGUGCCAAAUGAAACUUUUUCCUACAGAACAGAAAUAGGAAAAAGUAUUUUGAGAGUUCUUUUCCUUCAUAAAUCUACAAAUAUUAAACAGUUAUAUUCUUUAAAAGUAGUUGUCUAUUACCAAACAAUUUGGAAACAGUAUGAUAGCAACAAAGCAAAUCUGAUAAAAUAGAGAAGGAGGUUUGAAGGUUUAAGUUUUUCUGUCAUGAGAUUUGUAGACCAAUCCUCAUGUGACCUACAGUAUUUUUUUCUUCUGAUAUAUUUGUCAAAAAUCUAUCAUAGACUGUUAACUUAUUCUUUAUGGAAUUUAUUUUCUCCUAGAAUUACUGUAAUGUUUUAAAGAGCCAAUGUUAACUGCUGUAAAAGUGGUUCCAGUGCCAGAAGGGAGAUACUGGGAGCUAAGAUUUCUAAUUUACUACUUAUUACUUUCCUACUGUUUACAAGACUAAUUAUAAACUAGUGGAACUACCAUCUUUUUAUUCUUGAUAAUUAGUAAUCUGUUCACAGGAACUUUAAAAAGUUACUGAAUUUUUAUACGUUGCAUACAUUUUAUAGGUUUCUUGUGCUCACUUUAUUAACUAAAAAGAUCCUGUUUGUUCUGCCUUUUGUUCCACAAAAGUUGUAUAAUAAUUCUGUUUCUUAUUUGUAUAAGUAUGCCUGCAUUUUUAUUAUAAAAAUGUCAUUGUAGGAAGUAGAAACUCUUAUAUCAUGGCCUUUUCAAUAUUGUAAUAAAGGCAAAUGGAUAUUUGCCCUUAGUUUACUGGUUAAAAGUUUGUUUACAGAAUUUUUCUUUGGUGCUUAAGUGAUGGUAUAAAAAAGUGACAUGGAUGGAAAGGAUAAUUUUGUAGAAGUAAAAAGAUUUUUCAUUUGGGAGAAAUAUCUUUGGUCUUGCAAGAAGCGUAUGUUAAAAUCAGGAACUUGCCCUACUAGGUAAAAAUUUUAUAAUAAUGACAUACAUUCUAACAUACUGUACUUUUGUUCUUUUUAAAGAUUUAUCUAAUUUAGAAGAUGUAUGAAUUCUUAGGAUCAAGUGCUGUUUGUAGCCAUUACUUAAAUCACAUCUCUUCUAAGUAUGACUUUAGAACUCCCUAGAUAAUAAAAGUGAAUUGAGAUAAAUAAAAUAAAACUUUUUUUUAAGCAUAGCUGUACAUAUUUUAGGUCAUGGUAGUAUCUUUUUAAAGUCUCAAACAUUAAAACAUCAAUUAUAAAACACUGAUAAUUAAAUAUGGUAAUAAUAUACCUGAUGACAAUUAUUGGGAAAAUCCCAAAUUAAAACAUUUUUCUAUGAUGCUCAAAAAAUUUUAUUUUUUCUUCAUUUGCAAAGGGAGUAAACACUGGAUACUUGGAUAACUGGCCAAUCAUACAAAAAGACUAUGUGUUUCCUCAUUUUUUUAAACUAUAAUCUAUAAAAUUAACAAUUUUUUGCAGUAAUUUAGUGUAGCUUACCACUUUUAUUUGGAAAGUUUUCAAAUGACAAAUAUUUCAAAUAUUAAAAGAUAUAAAAGUCAAGUUAAUGUUGUCAUAAGCAUUGGGUCAGAAAAUUAUAUUGUUGGAAUACCCAUCCAUGUAUAUAAGUUACUUUUUCUUUCCUGAUGAAGUCUAAAGUUGAAUGCUAGAGAGCUAUUUUCUAUAAAUUUCUACAAUUAGGUUUGAUUUAAGCAGUGUUUUUUCUUAUAAGGGCCAUGAAAAUGGAAUAAUGAUAUAGUAGGAGAUGGUGAGGGAUUGGUUUAGUCUUUUUCAAUAAAGAUAGAAGUUUUUGAGAUUUUCUGAAUUAAUAUUAGACUGAGCCUGUGUACCUUUGGAUUUUCCAUUGAGUUCUGUGUCAUGUUACUUCCAAAAAAGAUAAUGUUUAAAAAUUAAGCAUUUAAUGCAUUUUAAUAUGGCAGAGUUUUAUAAACUAAAUUAAAAUUUACUGAUGGACUGGACUUUGUACCAAGUGAAGGAAUCUGUACUAUCUAGAUAUCUUAAGGGUAAAAGCUUAUUCUAAGACAGUAUGCCCAUUGAGGUUAUUACAUUUCUUACUUGCAAGUAUGCUCUGUGUUUAGGAAGAACUGGAAGAAAAGCAGACUCUAGAAUUCUAAUUUAAAUUAAUAUAUCACUGUCGUUGUUUAUAGGGUAAAAUUAUUUAUAUUUUUUACAAAAACUAAUUCUUUUGGUAGAGGGAACCAUAUACAGUUGGUUUUUGAACUCUCAAGUCAAAGGAUUUUCCUUUAAAUGCUUGUCUCAGUUUUAAUCUGGUCUUUUGUACUUUUUGUGCAAAGAAAUGAAUUAAAGCAUUCAGCUGUA